GAUUGGACGACAAUUUCCUCUUCUGAUUUUCAAUUGUCUACUUGCCUGUGUUUUGUUUCAUGGUGCUUAUUGAUAACGAACGCAGCGUUUGAAACAUCAAAACUUUGUGCGUGAUAGAUAGAAUCGUUAGUUGUGAACAGCUUAAAUCAUUGAUUAAAUGAUUAUUUGAACAUGUCUUUCAUGCCGCUUUGGCCGAAUCUUCAGCCUCGUGCUAUAGAUCCUUUGUGGUUCGACGCAGACAAACCUUGUGACGAUGAAAGUGAAGUUAUGGCUCUAGAAAGAGAUCAUCAGGCCUGGAUGGACAGCAUACAAGCCGAACGCUACGAUCAAAUUCCAAUUGGAAAACUGGCAAGUGAUUUUCGAGGUUCCGAGGCCGAGGAAGAGGAGGAAGAAGAAGAGGAAGGCGAAGGCGAAGAGGAGGAGGAGUCGGACACCCACGAAGAGGAGGAAGAAGAAUUGGAUGAGAUAGAUAUGGAAGUGAGCUACACGCAUCCGCAACAACGAACGAGCCCCGGUCUCAGUCCCGAUACCCAAAGAAAUCCCGUUUCCAUCAGAAUGGUGACAGCCCGCACCCUCCACUUCACCUAGAUCCCAUAACAGAAUCGAAAAUAUUACCUGUGAGAAAACUCAUUCACAUAUCCAUACCGAUUAUUUGUUUUUUUUUUUUUUAUGAAAUACGCUGUCCGCAAGAAGCAGCAGUCUCUGAUCGCUGUGAAAAAAAUCAGUAAAAAUCCCUUGUUGGAAUAUACGAAUAUGAAAUAAAUUUGAAUUAAAUAAAUUACCGUGAUUGAA